UAAUUAAUAGUAGUUUUAUACAGUUUUGUUUAUUUUAAUUUGUAUAAAAUAUAAUAUUUUUUUAGUUACUUUUAUUUAGAUUUUAUAGCAAUAUUUUACUUGAUUUUGUGUUAUAAUAAGAUGUUAUCGAUAUUUUAGUUCAAACAAUUUUUUCUAUAAAUUUUAAUAUUAAAUUAUUAAAUAUUUCUGAUAAUUUAUACAAAAUAUUUUAUGAAUAAAUGAAAAUUAUAUAAUUUUUUCAAUAAGUGUUGUGCUAUUUUUUAAACUGUUCAGCUAACUAUUAAUUAAAUUUGUAUUAAUUAUGGUGUAUGAAAUCGUGUCAUUCAUCGGUAGUGUCGGUGUUUUAAUAUACUCUUGUCUUUCAAUAACACUAUUAUGUGAUUCAUAUUUUGUACCAUCGCUUGAAUUUAUUGGAAAUUAUCUUCAUCUGUCACCCGAUAUAACCGGUGCUCUGUUCACACCAUUGGGAACUGCAGGUCCAGAAGUGUUCAGCAGUAUUGUAGGUGUGUUCGUAACUGAAGGCAACAUCGGUACAGGUGCUAUCAUAGGAUCGGCUGUAUUUAAUUUACUCAUUAUUCCUACUGCCUGUUCAUUGACAUCCAUCUAUUUUCGUGGACAGCCAUUAAAAUUAAACUCAAUAACUAUUGUGAGAGAUCUUAUACUGUAUAUCAUAUCAAUAAUUGCAUUGAUUCUUGUCAUACAAGAUAACAGAGUUGAAAUUGUUGAAGCCUCACUACUGGUGCUGUUGUUUGUGUUGAUUGUGAUCUUUCUCUACUAUAAUGCACAGUUGAUGGACAAAUUGAAGGCUGUGCUAAGCAGUUCCCGAACCUGUGAAUGCACUGAAUUGGAGUGCAGUCAUGAUUCUGCCGACAAUAACCGUAAGGCCGGUGACGCCGACGACACCGAAAAGACACCACUAUUGAUGGCUAAUGACAAUCAAAAGUCAUAUUCAAUACAAUAUACACAACCAAUCCUAUCAUACGAAGUGGUGAACUUGUCAACUGAGAAAACCAUUAGUGAGACACUAGAAGUUAAUAUCAAAAUGACCGGAACUGAUGAAAGUGAUAGCAAUAAUGGCUCAUAUUUUACAUUUCUCUACGGCUUACUGAUGGCACCGAUCAGACUUAUAAUGUAUCUGACAAUAGUUAGACCCACUGAUCGAUUGUUUGCUAUUACUUUUGUCACAUCCAUAGUCUGGUUAGCCCUACUGUCAUACGUAACAGUCACUUGUGUCGAGUUUGUCAGUGAAUACGUGGGAAUGUCGGAUACAGUGGCAGGUAUGACACUCUUAGCUUUGGGUAAUGCAAUGCCCGAUUUGGUGACAAGUAUUAUAUUUGUCAAGAAAAGAGGUUUGGCCGAUAUGGCCAUUUGCGGUGCCAUAGCGUCCAAUAGGUUUGCAAUACUAAUGGGUUUAGGCUUUCCCUGGGCUCUCAAAUGUAUGACCAAUUGGGCGGUAAACAAGUCGUUCUUCUGGAACUAUAUUCCCAUAAACAGCACAUCACUGCCCUAUACAUCACUAGUCUUAUUGGUAGCAAUAGUGUUGCUAUUUAUUAACUUACGUCUAAACAAUUGGGUAAUGAAUCGCAAGUUUGCCUUUAUUUGUGUUUUCAUACAUUUGACUUUUGUCUCGAUAGCCAUAUAUCUCGAGUAUAAUCUGUAAUAUUAUUUUUUAAAUUACCAUAAAAAUAAUGUAUAAUAAUUUUAUUAUUAUUAUUAAUUUUUUAUUUUAUAUACUCAAUUGAAAUGAUUUUAUUUUAUCUAUAACUUAUAUAUGUAUUAAAAUAAU